AUGUCCUUCUUCCUUCCUUCAUACACAAAUCGCUCAGCACCUCCUUCCUACACACCGACUCCCAGUGAAAAUGAACAUAUUCUGGGACAAGCGGCACUUUCUCGCGAAUCUAAUGGAGGGACAUUUGUGCGCAGCGACCCGAAUGCUCGAUUGACUAUCAUGUUGGAUGGGCAGAAAGAGGACAGCAUUAACCGGCCCAUACUUGGUCGUGGUUCCGCAGUCACAGGGACGGUGUUUGUUGGGUCUCCAGAGUCAAUCGUCGCUGUCAACCUCAAGGUUGAAGGCUUGAUGGAGGCGCUCAGUGUCUCGCUUGGUUACCAAGCCACCAAAGUCGUCAACGACAUUUUAUCUUUAUUCUCUAAGACUGGUGCUCCUUGUCCAUCUAGCAUUCCUUUCUCCUACAGGUUUCCAGCAAUGUUUGGUCCGUUCCAGAAUUCCUACCAACUUCCUCCCUCGUGUAACAUCUCUUUUCGGGACGGUGGCUUCCUCAAAUGUGUUUACUCCCUCACCGUAGUCGCGGUCUAUCGGUCUGUAUCGUUCCUAAUGAAAGAAAGAAGUGUGCAUAUUGAGCUGAACUACCGCCAGAGAACUCGUCCAUCGCGUCCGCGCAUCUCAGACCCCACGUUGUUCGCGACAAUCAAAGUCUGUCCCGAAGAGUGGCUCCAGCUCCCAGUCGAACUAACGGUCGGCGCUGGAGAUACGCGGCAGCCAUCCGACCUGCAUUGCGAUUUAUUCGUUCCGUCCAUCGGCGUCUUUGCUCUGGUCGAGGCAAUACCAUUCCAUAUCCAGCUUUCCGGGCCAUUAGGAGUGCUUAGGAGCUUUCUCUUGCUUUCGCCAAGAGCCGAUAAUGGUCAUGUUGAUACCGUCCGGCAGCCAAUUCGCGUGUACCUCCUUCGCCAGACUACUCUGUCUACUCCCGAGAAAGGCGCGAUCAAGGUCAAUGCUACGUUAUACGAGGCGGCAUUACGCCCAUUACCGCCUCCGCAUUCUUCUGCCACCUUCGACUCUCAACACCGACAAUUGGACUCAGCUUCAUUGAACUGGGAGGGCGAACUGCAUGUACAAAAUGCUGACUUACCCUCUUUUGAUGCCGGGACCGUCAAUGUUGCUUAUCUGAUCGCCGUCGAAAUCACCCCACCCAGGAAUAUAACAAGUGCUACUAUAAAUCGCGCCCGCUAUGGUGUUCCAGUCAAGCUCACGACCGAUACCUGGGCGGGAAGCGCAGAAAGCCCAGAUUAA